CUUCCUCCUUGGGGUGUUUGACAAGGGCUGACGUACUCUGGGCCCUUUGAAUCCCGGAAAUUAAGGACACACCCAACCUUGGGUGCAGCAUCCUGAGUGCCGGAGCAGCGUAGGUAAUAGGACUGAAGCAAACAACAUUUCAACAUGAGGGACCCACUGACAGAUUGUUCGUAUAAUAAAGUAUACAAGAACCUAAAGGAAUUUUCUCAAAAUGGAGAAGAUUUCUGCAAGCAGGUCACAUCCAUUCUUCAGCAAAGGGCCAACUUGGAGAUUAACUAUGCAAAAGGACUUCAGAAACUGGCAACGAAGCUGAACAAAGCAUUACAGAGCACAAAGAAAAACUGUCUCGUCAGUGCCUGGGCCUGGGUCUCGGAGGGCAUGAAAUCUGCAGCGGACCUGCAUCAAAAACUUGGCAAAGCAAUUGAGUUGGAAGCAAUAAAGCCAACUCAUCAAGUCCUUAGUGUACACGAGAAGAAGAGAAAAUCACUUGAUAAUGAAGUUGAAAAGGCAGCAAAUCUUGUCAUUAGCAACUGGAAUCAACAAAUUAAGGCCAAGAAGAAAUUGAUGGUCAGUACCAAGAAGCAUGAAGCGCUUUUCCAUCUUGUAGAUAGCUCCAAGCAAAUUACGACUGGGAAGGAGAAGCAGAAGCUGCUCAAUAAAUUGAAAAAAUCAGCUGAGAAUUUGGCAAAAGAAGAUGAGAACUACUACCAAAAAAACAUGGCCAGCUGUUCUGCCAGACUGAAAUGGGAGAACGCACUGGAAAACUGCUUCCGGAGCAUCCUGGAGCUGGAGAAGGAAAGAAUUCAUCUCUUAUGCAAUAACUUAAACCAGUACUCCCAACAUACUUCUGUUUUUGGCCAAACUCUGACCACAUGCCAUACGCAGAUCCACUGUGCCAUCAGCAAGAUAGAUGUCGAAAAAGAUAUCCAGGCUCUCAUGGAAAAAACUGCAAAUUCAUCUGCAGAAAAUAAAUCUGAGUUCCUACUAACUGAUUACUUUGAAGAAGACCCUAAGAAUGCAAUGAGUAAAGAGCGGCAAGUGUCUUCAUUAAAAUCAAAACUGUCGAGACUGCAAAAAGAUAUUGAAAAAGCCUCACAAGACCAGGAAGGCCUGGAACGAAUGCUGAGAGCCUACACCAGCCACUCCUUCUUCUCAGACACAGAGAGCCAAAAAAACACAGCCGCCUUAAUAGAUGAGAACAACUUGAAACUAGACCUUUUGCAAGCAAACUCCUACAAAUUGUCAUCCAUAUUAGCAGAACUCGAGCAAAGACCUCAACCCAGCCAUCCCUGCAGUAACUCCAUCUUCAGGUGGAAAGAAAAGCAGCAGACACACAGCUCUGUAAAAAUUUCUCGGCCUUUUCUGAUGAAGAGAUUAGAGAAUGUGGUGGGCGGGGCGUCUUGUGAGGGGCAGAGGAUUCCAAGUUCUUCAUCGGCAGCCUCCGGUGUGACCCAGGUCGGCAAUGGUCUUUGCAAGGCCUUAUAUUCUUUUCAAGCCAGGCAAGAUGAUGAAUUGAAUUUGGAAAAAGGCGACAUUGUGACUAUACACAAGAAAAAAGAAGAAGGAUGGUGGUUUGGGUCUUUAAAGGGGAAAAGGGGCCAUUUUCCUGCCGCUUAUGUGGAGGAACUUCCUUCAAGUGCUGGGAUCACAGCUUCACAAUCGUGAGCAAGAUUCUGAAGGCACUGCCUUACACACUGUAAAUUUAUGCAAUGUUGUAUAAAUAAAGACAAAUGCCGUGAUCUUUA